CCGUGAAUAAACACGACGGAUCCAUUCGAACCACCGCGUGGUGUGAAUGUUGGGUGACGACCGCUGACGGCUCACAGAAGCCAAACGAAACCAAAAAAAGACGCGCACUCGUGUUUUUUGUCACAUUAUAAACGAACAAAAUAGUCCACUCCGUAUCUUAUCGGCCGCAUGUCGCAGCCCGCAGCUCUGCGCGGAUAAACAGCAGCUGUGCGCCGCGGAGCAGCGAAAGAAUAAAAAAGGGAAACCCAAGGACAAACACAUUCCCAGCGAACGAAUUGACAGGAAAUGAUCUUCCACCCGUUCAUCGACAUUACUCCACGGACCGGAGCACCGCCGCCUCCGCCGCGCCGCGCAAACACCCACAGAGGGGUUGUUUUUUAGUCUGUGUGUGUUUUUUUUCCGCACAGACGCAGUCGACCGCCUCCCGCUCAGCAGCGGCCUCCAUUUUAGCUCCUUGCCCGGCCGCCGCCUCACGUGUCCUGGACUGUCUUCCUCACAUGACCCGUGUGUUUGUCCCCGUGAUCAGCGCUUCCAUCUCCGUAAAUCAGUGUGGUUGAAUAUCCGCGUGUUCGUGUCCCUCCGCAGAAAGCUCCAUGGAUCUGCUGGAGCAGAGUCUGGACAGCUCGGCGAGUCACGACAAACAGGAAACGGAAGAGGUGGUGCAGUUACAGGAAGGAGAGACGGUGGGGACGGAGGAGCAGACUGCCGUGACCAUCACUGGUGUCCCGCAGGCUGCGUUCACUGACCACAAUGUGCAGUACCAGUUCCGCACUGAGAACAGUGGAGGACAGGUGACGUACCGCGUGGUACAGGUGACCGACGACCAAUUGGAAGCGACGGCUGACGGGACCGGAGCCGUCAGCGUCGUCUCCAGCGCGGCGUUCGCCGGAGCCCCUCAGGCUGUGGCUCAGGCUGUCAUCCAGAACCCUUUCAGUAACGGGGGCAGUCCCGGCGGCGAGACGGUGGGGGGCGAGACGCGCUUCGCUUAUUUCCCUGCCACCACCGUCAGCGAUGGGACGGCCGUGUCCGUGCAGGCCACCGCCGACCCCACGAUAGCACAGGCGGGAGGCCAGUUUUACGUGAUGAUGAGCCCCCCCGAGGUGCUGCAGACGACGGCCCCCCGCACCAUCGCGCCACGCACACACACCUACACUGCAGACCUUGGUGAGAGCGAGAUGUUGCAGCAUGGCAGUUCAAACUGGAAGGUGGAGGGUCCCCGGGCGCCCAGAGACGAGAGGCGGAGAGCACAGCACAAUGAAGUGGAGAGACGAAGAAGAGACAAGAUCAACAACUGGAUUGUCACACUUUCCAAAAUCAUCCCCGACUGUAGCAUAGACAGCCGAACUGGAGCGAGUAAAGGAGGCAUCCUGUCCAAAGCGUGCGACUACAUCCGAGAGCUGCGUCAGGGCAACCAGCGACUGCAGGAGAGUUACAAAGAGGUGGAGCGGGUCGAGAUGGACAACGAGCUGCUGAGACAACAGAUUGAGGAGCUGAAGAACGACAACGCGCUGCUUCGAGCGCAGCUGCAGCAGCACGGCGUAGAGGUCAACGGAGAUGCGACGCCACAGUGAUCGUGGACUGGACACGCGUAACGCCACAAGCACAAUGUCGCAUCGUCCCCGCCACCUGAACAAUAUCGGGAAAGGAAUAGAACGAGAGACAAUCUCCAUCUGAAAUUGGACCACGCAAGAAGAAACGCGCACGGAGAAGACCGCUGAAGGACUCCUCCUCCUCCAGCUGUUCCGAGGCCGAACGCUCUAAAUGCGUUUACUGUGUAGCUCGAUGGACCUCUCGCCUCUGCGUGAAAAGGAAUACGACCUCCGCACAGCACCACCACGCUUGCGCCAAACUUUCCUUUUUACUUUUAAAUUAUGAACCCGCCACAGAGAAAUUUCCUUUUAACGACUUCACCAUUUUAUUUUUUGUUGACUAUUUGAAACGACUAAAUGUGACUCGACUGAUGGCUCCACUUUGCUUUUAAUUUAUUAGUGUUUAAGGAACGUGUGCACAGAAAGCUGAUUGUAGAAUUAACUCUUUUUUUUCUUCUUUUCUUCCCCCAGCAACAAAUUCAUAACGGGCCAAUCAGAUAUUCUCAUCCCCCUCAUCUGUCACCAAGGAUAGUUAAAUAUUACAGUGGGUCGCGCGUAUAUAUCGUUGAUCUGUGGGAAAGUUGAGGUAGCUUUUUAAAAAUCUAUGCCUCUUUAUACUGACAACAUAAUCCAAGGUCGGUAAAUAUAAAAUCUAUCAUAUUUUUCAGAUUUGAUGGCACAGGCAUGCAGGUUGUACGUUUAGCCUGAACAGAAGCCAGUGGGAGAAUCUAGGCGUUGACAUAGCUCAGGUAAUCGGGAUCGUGCACUGGCAAAUGGUUCAGUCUUCACACCGUUUAGUUCUCUCUCGUUAGGUGAAUGAUGAUUUGCAUGGUGGGGAAUCUUCAUUUUAACGGGUUGGUUUGUGUAUCUGCUUAAUACGUCACUGAAAGAGAGGUUCAGUCAUGAGAGGUCUUGGUUUGAGACCAGCCUCUGGUUUGACUCACUAGUAUUGCUGCAUCUUAGUUGACGCCUGAGGUGGCUCUUUUGUUUUUGUUUAUUUUCUCCUCUCCUCUCCCUCCCACACACACACACACACACACACACUUCCCUAAUCUCUAAACGUUUGGGACAGAAGACCAUAAAGCGACCACGGUCAGGAAUGCGCUGAGAGCGGUCCGGAUGCGAGUGAUGAUGGUUGUAACUAACCAGCUUAUGUCUACACUGAAAGUCACCACAGCAUGGAGCGAGAGAACAAACUAUAACCACUGGCAUGACUAAUUCUGAUACUCCAAUAAAACAAUUGUUUAUACCCUA